GUGGAGUCUGCUUGUUCGCAGAGAUAGAUUGUGUUGUGUGAUCGAGUGUUGCUAGCUAGUGAACGUUUAGAUCAUGGAACGGAAUGUCGCUACAGCUGCGAGGGAUGGAGACUGGGAGGAGGUUCGACGACUGGUUGAAGAAGGAGGGAACGUGAAUGACGUGGAUACAAAGUCGAAUAGUACAGCUCUACACUGGGCUGCCGAGAAUGAAAAUUCAGGUAUUUGUUCGUUCUUGCUGUCACGAGGCGCGAAGAUCAAUCUGAAAGACAAAGAUGGACAAACGCCGCUUCAUCUUGCUGCUGCUAAGCAUCAUUUUCGUACCUGUCAACUGUUAGUUCAUGUGUACAAAGCCGAUGUUGCUUCUGUUAACAAUUGUGGUCAAACUCCUCUUCACAAAGCUCUUAUUAAGAGUUUGCGUGACAUUCCCGCUUUGUAUCUUCCCCUGAUAACAAAUGAGAGUGUGAAUGUAGCAGAUCGUCUUGGUAACUGCGCUUUACACAUAGCAGCUAGAAAUGGUGACAUUCAGACUGUCCAGCUGUUAGUGGAUUGUGGAGCAGAUGUAAAUGCAUUGAAUGAAGAUGGACAAACACCACUACAUACAGCAGCUGGUGGAGAGAAAGACUGUCCUGAAUUGUGUUCUAUUUUACUAGAACAUAAUGCCAAGAUUGAUGCAGUGGAUAAAGAUGGAAACCAACCACUACACUUGGCAGUGAGGAAAGGACAUACAAGAACAAGUCGUUUGUUACUCUCUAGUGAAGCAGAUGUAAAUUCAUUGAAUGAAGAUGGACAAACACCUCUACAUGCAGCAAAACAUAAUGCCAAGAUUGAUGCAGUGGAUAAAGAUGGAAACCAACCACUACACUUGGCAGAACAUAAUGCCAAGAUUGAUGCAGUGGAUAAAGAUGGAAACCAACCACUACACUUGGCAGUGAGGAAAGGACAUACAAGAACAAGUCGUUUGUUACUCUCUAGUGAAGCAGAUGUAAAUUCAUUGAAUGAAGAUGGACAAACACCACUACAUGCAGCAGCAUGCAAAUGUUUUAAACAACAAGAAAUACAAACCCUGGCAUUUGGCAAACCAACAAUUGACGUGCAAUGGUAA